AUGUCUUUGAAGACGAUAUCCUGCAUUUUGGCCGCGUUGAUCUUUGUGAUCGUUGCCAGCGAUGCCCAACGUACUCAAUACAAUCCAUAUCUGAAGAAUCCCUACUAUAGGGAUCUGUACUACAAGAAUCGGGAUCUAUACAAUUUGCGUCGUUAUUAUGAUAACUUCUACACCAAGUACAAUCCUUUCAUUGCCAAUGCUGUGGCGCGGGCUGUACAGCAAUCGAAUGACGUCAACACGGGCUCCGGUGCCUACCGAUACAGCUACGAGACAGAGAAUGGACUCCACGGUGAGGAACAAGGCGUUCCCGUGAACAUUGGCAACGGCGAGCAGGAGGAGCAGGUGGAAGGAGCCUAUUCCUACAUCUCACCCGAAGGUCUACGAGUUGGAGUUAAAUAUUUGGCCGAUGCCAACGGAUUCCGCCCUGUGAUCACUUAUGAUGGUGUCAAUUCAGCCUUCUAUGCCAGCCAGCCAGCGGCAGCCAAUGUGGUUCACACCCUUCACUAG